AGUGUGUCGUGUUUCUUAUGCGAUUCCUAAAACCAUUGUGUAAAAGAAACAUUUAAAAGCAGUCCGAGGACGGUUUUGGUGUUUUGGAUUCUUGAAUGUUUGCAUUGAAAAUGUCUUCGGUUCAACCCCAGAGAGAGAUGAGCACCGAGCAGGAAACUCCUGCUGAAGAACAGUUCACUGAGUUCAAAGAAAUCUUCGUAGAGCCGGAGGAAGAGAUGGAUGAUCAGCGCAGACUGCUGGAUUUGAGCCGGAUACCUCUGAUAAUCUUACACCGAAUAGUGAUCGAAGAGGACCCCACUUUGUCUGGCCAACAAAGCGACCUUAAGCCCAGAAGAAGGACGAAGGGACAUUCCUCCCGUUUCCCCGCGGACUGAAGGACCGACCGUCGAGCGGAACCAGGGCCGCGGACUCCGAAGCUGGGAUUUAACAGCCCUCACCUCAAAAUCCCGAAAAAUAUUGUGCAUGUAAAGACGAGGUGGUUCGCACUGAACUCGGCAACCAGGAGGGGAACUUGACUUUCAAUGAAGACAUUCCAGAACCUUGUCAGAUAAAAGGGCGGGGUAAGGAAAUAGAGCUUCUGAAGAUAAAACAGGAGAAAGAAGAACAAGAACAUCAACUGUUCAAUGAGGAAGAGAGGCAACUCUGCAUCGGUCAGGUUGAAAAGCAGUUUGUGCUGAAACAUAAGACUGGUGACAUUUUAAUGAUUUCUUCUAAUGUGCAAAGACUCCAAAAUGAAAUGAAACCAAACAGGAACCAACUCAAGUCUCAGGCCUCCCCUGAAGUUGCAAGCCAGAGUCAGGGAGGAAACAAUAAUGAGGACCCAGAAAAAAUGAGCGUAAAGCAGAAACAAAAUGAGAGAGGUGAGCAAACCAAAGAGCAGGAAAAAGCUGCUGACAUUUCAAGACGAAAAAUUAACAACAAUCAUCCUGGGCCAAAUAUAUAUUCUGCUAAAAUUGUUUCUAAAAACUUUUUAAAAAAAAUUCACAUGAGAACAUUCAAGAUGAAGAUGCCUUUCUCAUGUACAAGCUGUGGUAAAAAGUUCCCCUAUAGGUACCCUUUAACUGUUCACAUGAGAACUCACACAGGUGAGAAACCAUUCACAUGUACAACCUGUGGAAAAAGUUUCAGUCACAGACGUAUAUUAACUUAUCACAUGAGAAUUCACACAGGCGAGAAGCCAUUCACAUGUGCAGCCUGUGGAAAAAGUUUCACUCGCAGAUGUCAUUUGAGUUAUCAUAUGAGGUUUCACACAGAUGAGAAGCCAUUCACAUGUGCAGACUGUGGAAAGAGUUACAGGGAUAAAAGUAGUUUAACUUAUCACAUGAGAACUCACACAGGUGAGAAGCCAUUCACAUGUACAGCCUGUGGAAAGAGUUACAGGAAUAAAGGUGGUUUAACUUAUCACAUGAGAACUCACACUGGUGAGAAGCCAUUCACAUGUGCAGCCUGUGGAAAGAGUUACACAAAUAAACUUAGUUUAAUUGUUCACACGAGAACUCACACAGGUGAGAAGCCAUUCACAUGUACAGCCUGUGGAAAGAGUUACACGGAUAAACGUGGUUUAAUUUGUCAUAUGAGAACUCACACAGGUGAGAAGCCAUUCACAUGUGCAGACUGUGGAAAGAGUUACAGGGAUAAAUCGGGUUUAAUACGUCACAUGAGAAGUCACACAGGUGAGAAGCCAUUCACAUGUACAGCCUGUGGAAAAAGUUUCACUUACAGAUGUUAUUUAACUUAUCACAUGAUGAUUCACAGAGGAGAGAAGCCAUUCACAUGUUCAACCUGUGGAAAAAGUUUCACUCACAGAUGUUAUUUAACUUAUCACAUGAGGAUUCACAGAGGAGAGAAGCCAUUCACAUGUUCAGCCUGUGGAAAAAGUUUCACUCACAGAUGUUAUUUAACUUAUCACAUGAGGAUUCACAGAGGAGAGAAGCCAUUCACAUGUACAGCCUGUGGAAAGAGUUACAGUGAUAAAGGUGGUUUAAUUCGUCACAUGAGAACUCACCCAGGUGACAACCCAUUCACAUGUACAACCUGUGGAAUGAGUUGCAGGGAUAAAUCAGGUUUAACUGUUCACAUGAGAACUCACACAGGUGAGAAGCCAUUCACAUGUGCAGCCUGUGGAAUGAGUUACAGGGAUAAAUCCGGUUUAAAUCGUCAUAUGAAAAGUCACACAGUUGGGAAGCCAUUCCAGUGCACAGCCUGUGGAAAGAGUUACAUGCAUAACAGUAGUUUAGCUUAUCAUAUGAACAGUCACACGGGUGAGAAGUCAUUCCAAUGUACAGCCUGUGGAAAGAGUUACAUGAAUAAAAAAAGUUUAGCUUAUCACAACAAAAUUCACACAGGUGAGAAGCAUUUUACAUGUAUGACUUGUCAAAAAGGUUUUAUUAAAAAACACACGUUAACAAAUCACAUGAGAACUCACACAGGUGAGAAGCCAUUCCAAUGUACAGCCUGUGGAAAGAGUUACAGGCAAGAAAGUGGUUUAACUGUUCACAUGAGAAGUCACACAGGUGAGAAGCCAUUCACAUGUACAGCCUGUGGAAAGAGUUACAGUCAAAAAGCUGCUUUAAAUAUUCACAUGAGAAGUCACACAGGUGACAAGCCAUUCACAUGUACAGCCUGUGGAAAGAGUUACAGGCAAAAAGCUGCUUUAAAUGUUCACAUGAGAAUUCACACAGGUGAGAACCCAUUCACAUGUACAGCCUGUGGAAAGGGUUACAGGGAUAAAACUCAAUUAAGUACACACAUGAGAACUCACACAGGUGAGAAACCAUUCACAUGUACAGCCUGUGGAAAGGGUUACAGGGAUAAAAGUCAUUUAACUCAACACAUGAGAACUCACACAGGCGAGAAACAAUUCACAUGUACAGUCUGUGGAAAGGGUUACAGGGAUAAAACUCAUUUAACUACACACAUGACAACUCACACAGGUGAGAAACCAUUCACAUGUACAGCCUGUGGAAAGGGUUACAGGGAUAAAACUCAAUUAACUACACAUAUGAGAACUCACACAGGUGAGAAACCAUUCACAUGUACUACCUGUGGAAAGUGUUACAGGGAUAAAAGUCAUUUAAAUAAACACAUGAGAACUCACACAGGUGAGAAACCUGUCACAUGUACAACCUGUGGAAAGUGUUUCAGGGAUAAAGGUUGUUUAACUACACACAUGAGAACUCACACAGGCGAGAAGCCAUUCACAUGUACAGUCUGUGGAAAGAGUUACGGGUAUAAAAGUGGUAUAACUUAUCACAUGAGAACUCACACAGGUGAGAAGCCAUUCACAUGUACAGACAAUGAAUAAAAAUUGACAGAAGCUAUUUAACUGUUAAAAGAAAAAUUCACACAGAUUAGAACGAAAUUCUCCUGGAUGUGUUGCGAAAAUAAAUCGGGCAAUCAUUUUAAUGUUGGUUUUUUUUGUUAAAAUUGUUUUAUUAAAUGUUUUAAUUCUCAAGUGAGAUAUUUUUGCCUGGGUGAAAAGGGUUAAAUUGCUGUCAGAUAGAGUAGAUGUUGGCAAUCACAACACAUUGAUAAACUUUAUUUGAAUAUAAGUCCAUUCAUGGUCUUUUUUCCUGAUGCUAGAUUUAUAAGUUACGUUUUUUUGGUUGAAGUUCACUGAUUAGCAUUUUUCCUCUGGCAAUGGCGUUGUGAAAUUACUGUUUUGUAAUUAAAACCAACAAAUUCCUGGUCACUGCACCAUUC